AUGUGCUCAAUUGAAUCAAUAGGACAUUCGUCUAAUUCAACAUCGAAUAAAUUAUUAAAUAGAAAAAUAUCAUUAAAUAUGAUUGAAAAACGUCUAAAACAUUUACGAGAAGAAUUAAAAAAUUUAACACAACGAGAUAUAGCUUAUACAACAAGUAACCUUCUUACGGAACAGCAAACCAGUGAUAAUAAUGAUGAACAUCAUGUGCAAUAUAAAAAACGUUUAAAUCAAUUAUUAAGAUUACAUGAUAAACAAGUAAAUACUUUAAAUCUCUGGCAUUUUUAUCGAUCUAAUACAAUUGAACAUAUGUAUGCAUAUGAAUUACGACAAUCUGAUGAAACAUUUCAAUUAAAAAAAAAUGAUUUUAAAUCAAAAUUAUUAUCAACAUAUCAUGAUAAACGUCGUUAUUUAGAUUUUGAAUAUCAAAAUGUAAAUAUUCGUUGUCGUCAUUUGUCAAACAAUGAUCAAUUUAUACUUAAUAAAACAAAUAAUACAAAUGAUAUUAUUCUAUUUGAUGGUUAUAAUCAUCAUUCAAAUGAAUCUACUCAACAACAGCAACAACAACCACAACGUCCAACAUAUAAUUUAAGACGAGCAGUAGUUAAUGACUCAAUUUCCGAAAAUUCUUCAACAACAUCAACAUCAUUAAAAGAUUUAUCUAUAUUUAGUAGAAGUAAUUCUUUAUUACCACCAUUUGGAGGUAUUGAAUUACAACGCCGUUUAUCAAAUAUAGAUAUUGAACAAGAUAUAAAAGAUGUUCAAAAUGGUCUUUGUCAUGAUGAAUGUAUAACUGAAAAAGAAACAUCUAAAACUAAAAUUGAUGAUUUAUCAACAAAAUCUCUUAUUGAUGUUCGUAUUGAAGAAGGUCGCUUAUGGUAUCAACGUGCAUGGUUUUCACGUAAUUCACCAAUACUUUUAGUUUUUGAUGAUCUUGAAAUUGUUCCUGCACUUGUUUUAACAGUUGGUAGAAAUGAUUUACUUAUACGUCGUUCAGGAACAAAUAUUAAACAUCGUGUUAGUCUUUCACUUUUAUAUGAUGGUCAUUUAGCUAUUCGAAAACGCAAUUGUAUCUUUUAA